UCACAGGUUUGUCCUAGUAAAGUUGUCUGAUAUACGCAAGGAAGUGCAAUGUCCUAUAUGUCUGGGGAUCAUUCGCAAAACACGGACAGUUAUGGAAUGCCUGCAUCGUUUCUGCAGGGAAUGCAUUGACAAAGCUAUGAGAAUGGGGAACAAUGAAUGUCCUUCCUGCCGCACGCACUGUGCUAGUCGUCGCUCUUUGAGAGACGAUCUAAACUAUGAUGCCUUAAUUGCAGCCUUGUAUCCAGAUAUUGACAAGUAUGAGGAGGAGGAAUUGGCUUUCCAAGAAGAGGAGACAACUCGCAACAAACAGAUCCAAGCUUCCAUUGCACAAACUUUCCAGCGGCAAACAGAAGCUCUUGGCCGCAAACGGACUGCUAAAGCCACAGCAGCUGCAUUUGUGAGGAGAUCAAAUGGUCGUUAUCGAGAUACUCCUCUGGGGAGGAGGAGAAACUAUCGAACAACUGAACUUCAUGGAUCUGAUGAUAAUGAAGAUGCAAAUGGAGAUGCAGGCAAUAAUUCAUCUUCUGCUGAUGAACGCUCAACAGAAGUUAGACCAAAGAGAGCCAAGAGAUGGGUUGGAGCUCGGUUUUCUCAAUCUUCAGCUGCUGGUAGUGCUGACGGAGGUGGUGAUGAAAAUGACUCUGAAGUCAAUAGAGAAUCCAUGGGUGCAUCUGCUGGACUCAUUGGCCCUUCUGAAAGGCUUGCCUGGGGCAAAGGUGGCAUGCGGUCUCACACACGGCAUGGCAGUGUGAGUGGUGGAAACGGUAAGAAUGCCCGGAACAACCGCCUCUCUAAAAUAGUUGAUUAUCUCCGGAACUUGGAGGAAAAAGAUGACCAGUUGGAUAUCCACCUUAUGCUUGUUUCCUUUGACGAACAAAGAAUCCCAAGUUUGCAACAGCCAUACCUCUGCUGCAGGCCUACAUUGUCUGUGAGGCACUUACGUCAGUAUGUUGCUCUCCAUACUGCACUGCAAGCAAAUGAAAUUGAAAUAUACUUGGUAAAAGAGUUGCAUACCAAACUCAACCCUCCAACCUCUGCAAAUUCUCCAACUUCUAACCCUAGUGUGAUAGAUCUGGGCAAAGAUAAGCUGCAAGCUUUAGAUGAGCAAGAAACUUUGGCAGGGCUUAAAACACAAAAUUUCAGCCAAGGCCAACUGCUUCUGGCAUAUCAGAAAAAUUUGUCCAACUGAAAGUGGUGACUACGGACAUUAUUGCUGGAUUUGUUAUCAAGAAGUAGCUGUUAAUGGUGUUUUUACAAAGCAAAGGGAGAUAUAAAUAUACUUAAAACAGGGAUCACAGGUAGGUUUCAAUUGCUCUAGAAUAAUUAGUCUUAUUAUAUAGUAAGUAAGAUGAGGCUUUAGAUAAUCUAAUGUACACGUAGAGUGUUUUAGAAGUAAGAAAUUAUUAGUGUUGUCAUCCAAAAUGGCUUGUUGUAACUGAUAUA